AUGAGCUCUGUGGAUGAAUUGACGGUAUUGCUUGAAAACACCGGGUUCGAAGAGCCCAAGGUCAAGGAAAUUGUAAAGAACAAAAAGGUUGCGGGAUCGUUGGAAAUUCUGAUCAAAGAUGCCCCUGAGGAUCAAGAAUGGGAUAAACCACGCAGAACUUUGAUCCAUAAUCUUGCUCAGCUUGCCAAAGGAGCAGAUCUGCCCAACUCGAAGCUGGUGGUGCACGAAAUUGUGAACGGCGACCUCAAAACCCCAUUGCAAGUCGAGGCGGCGUACAAGUACGUUAAAGAGGCCAAAAACACAGCAACGGUGGAUCAGCUCAAACAAGAAUGCGGGGUUGGUGUGGUGGUAACCGACGUGCAGGUCAGAGAACGUGUGGUAAAGUAUAUUGCCGACAACAACGCAACCAUAGUUACAGAGCGUUAUAAGCUCGUUCCUGGCAUUCUAGCGGCCGUGAAGGGCCUACCUGAGCUCAAAUGGGCGGAGCCACGCUUGUUCAAGCCUAUAAUCGAUGAGGAGAUUCUCAAAGUUUUGGGUCCAAAGGAUGAGAGAGACGUGGUCAAGAAAGAGAAGAAGAAGAAGGCUAAAGAUGUCAACAGCGCCUCAAAUGGUGCCAAAAAUGGUGCUACAAAUGAUUCGAGCGAACCCAAGAGAACCAUGUUUGAAGAAGGAUUCCUAGGCGACCUCCACAAAGUUGGUGAAAACCCGCAGGCUUAUCCAGAGCUGAUGCAAGAACAUCUUAAGGUCACAGGCGGAAAAGUGCGCACCAGAUUCCCACCUGAACCUAACGGGUAUUUGCACAUUGGUCACUCGAAAGCCAUUAUGGUCAACUUCGGUUACGCAAAACACAACGACGGUGUGUGCUACUUGAGAUUUGACGAUACAAAUCCUGAAGCUGAGGCUCCUGAGUAUUUCGAGUCCAUAAAAAGGAUGGUAUCAUGGUUGGGCUUCGAACCAUGGAAGAUCACGUACUCUUCGGACUACUUUGACCAGCUCUACGAAUUGGCCGAAAGAUUAAUUUUGAACGGCAAAGCCUACGUGGACCAUAGCACACCUGAAGAAAUUAGACGCGGUCGUGGUAUCAAGGAAGACGGAACACCUGGUGGUGAACGCUUUGGUGGCAAAUGGCGGGAAAGAUCUCCAGAGGUUAAUCUGGAGGAGUUCAGAAAGAUGAGAGACGGAUUCUACAAGCCUGGAGAAGCUACUCUGAGAAUGAAACAGGACUUCAACUCUCCUUCUCCACAAAUGUGGGAUCUCAUUGCUUACAGAGUUUUAAAUGCGCCACAUCCAAGAACCGGUUCCAAGUGGAGAAUUUACCCAACUUACGAUUUCACUCACUGUUUGGUCGAUUCAUUCGAAAACAUUACCCAUUCGCUCUGUACUACCGAAUUUUAUUUGUCAAGAGAAAGUUAUGAAUGGCUAUGUGAUCAAUUGCAUGUCUUCAGACCUGCUCAGAGAGAAUACGGAAGAUUGAACAUAACAGGUUCCGUUUUAUCUAAAAGAAAAAUUGCCCAGUUGGUAAACGAGCACCAUGUCAGAGGAUGGGAUGACCCUCGUCUGUUUACGCUAGAAGCCAUUCGUAGGCGUGGUGUUCCUCCCGGUGCUAUUUUGUCUUUCAUCAACACCCUGGGCGUUACCACUAGUACUACAAACAUCCAGGUUGUGCGUUUUGAGUCUGCCAUCAGGAAAUAUCUAGAGGACAACACGCCAAGACUAAUGAUGGUUUUGGACCCUAUCGAAGUCGUCGUUGACAAUUUGCCUGACGACUAUGAAGAAUUGGUGACAAUUCCGUACAGACCCGGUACCGCUGAAUUCGGCGACAGAAAAGUGCCGUUCACGAACCGUUUGUACAUCGAGAGGUCUGAUUUCUCAGAAUCUGUGGAUGACAAAGAGUUUUUCAGAUUGACACCUAACCAAUCAGUCGGUUUGAUCAAGGUUCCUUACACUGUAUCUUUCAAAUCUUUGGAAAAAGAUGCUGAUGGCAAGAUCACUAAAAUUCAUGUCAAGUACGACAACGAGGAUGCCAAACCCAAGAAACCCAAGACCUACAUCCAAUGGGUGCCUGUAUCUGCCAACUACAACUCACCUCAACGCGUUUGCGAGACCAGAAUCUACAACCAAUUGUUUAAAUCUGAAAACCCAUUGGCAAACCCAGCCGGCUAUCUCGAGGACAUCAACCCUGAUAGCGAAGUCGUUUAUUCCAAAUCAGUCGUUGAACACAAUUUCAACCAUGUCAUUGAGAAAUCUCCUUGGGUCGUUGAAGGCUCCAAGAAGUCUGAAUUUUAUGUUGGAGAAGAACACGGACGUAAAGAGGUGUGUCGAUUCCAGGCAAUGCGUGUUGGGUACUUUACUCUCGACAAAGACAGCGAAAACGACCGUAUUGUUCUGAACAGAAUUGUAAGUUUGAAAGACGGUAGUAAAUAA